CGAGUACACAUCCCAUUUUUGCCAUCGCUAGUACUCGGGUUGCGAAAAAGACAAGUAUUCAUGAAAAAAUGGAGUUAGCCAAGAAACUACAAGAAUUGGGAUGGCACCUGACGGAGGAGGGCCUUAAAAUCGUGACCACAGCCGUUGGCAGCGAGGAUACCCGCAAAAUAGUCGAUGAUGCACUGAAUCGUGAUAUCCGCGACAUAGGCGGUGGCGCACUGCCCGCGAAACGCGAAGAUGCCACAUUGCCCGGAAAGAUAGUGCUGCAGGUGCAGCGAGUGCGGAAUAUAGCCGCCCCCAAGGCGAAUGAGGAAUCGAAGGCGGCGCCGCGCCUCCUUCAGUUGGAUCUGAGCGAUGGCCAGAACGCCAUUCAGGCCCUCGAGCUGGAGCCAGUGCCCCAGCUGAAUCUCAAUGUGGCGCCCGGCAGUAAGAUCUUUUUUAAGGCCGACAAACUUCAGCUGAUGCAGGGAUUUCUUCUGCUGAAAUCCACUGAAAUUCAGCUCCUCGGCGGCCGUGUGGAUGCGCUCUACGAGAAGUGGGAUCUGGCCAGAACCAUGCUGAGAUACGCGCGCAGUGGUCGCCCCCUGAGUGGCACAUCUGCUCCGCCCCCUUGGGUGGCAUUUGGACGGAAAAUCGAUACCACCGCCGAAAGGGAGAGGAACUUCAAAAGUCUGGGCUCCUCGGGCGAUAAGGAUAAGCCGGCCAAGGAGAACGACGAGUUCAAUGCCAUGCGCACCGAGGCCAUUGCUGUGGCCACCAAGGCGGGCGGCAAAAAGGUCUUCGGCGGCGGAGGCCAGAACAUCAUCGAUCACAACAUCAAGAAGAUCCUGGACAAGGGUUUCAGCGAGGAGGAGGCCCGCAGUGCCUUGCAUUCCACAAGGAACAACCUAGAGCGUGCUCUGUUCAACCUCAAACGACGCAAGGAAGCUGGAGGAGUGGGCCCCAUCGAAACCAUGGGUCGUCCGGGACGUGGAGAUCGUCCGCCCAGAGAGGGAAAACGCGGGGCUAGCGCCAAGGAUGAAGCUGAAGCAGCCAAGCCCGCUGCCAAUGCCACGCUGUUCGAUUUCCUAACCACAAAACUGCCCGCAACGGAGACACCGGCUACCAGCAUCGUAGACACCUUUGCUGCCGCUCCAACUGCCCCACCCACCAUUAACCACUUUAAUCCUUUCAAGCAAUUUGGAAACUCGAGGUUCAGCGAGGCGGAUAGCAGAUCUUCAGCUCUGGGCGGCGGAGGAGGAGGAGGAGGAAAGUUUUCGGAUCGUUCGAGGUUUGAGAACAAUGUAUCGAGCAGCUUUGCCGCGCAUCGUGGUGGACAUGCUGGUUCGUCACGUGGUGGAGGACGUAAUCGAGGUGGUGGCAGGGACGAGAGGCCACCGAGGGAGGAGAGAGGCCACCGGGAGGAGAGACCACCGAGGGAGGAGAGACCGCCAAGGGAGGAGAGACCUCCCAGAGAGGAGAGACCUCCGAGGGAGGAGCGACCUCCCAGGGAGCGUGGAGGAGGCUUUAACGAACGUGGAGCUGGACGUAAUAAACCAGAGACCACGGCUGUUAAAACCUCUAACCGCAAUGGAGCGGACAACACGUCGGCCAAGAGCAAUCCGGAGGCUAAACCAGAACAAGAAGCAACUAAUGGAAAGGAGCACACCGGCAAUCGACGUGGCAGCGAUAGAGGCAGCAAUCGUGGAGGCUCGAACAGAGGAGAGAACGGCAACGCCAAUGGCAACAGGCGUAAGCAGCAGCCAGUCAACGCAGGAUCGAAUUCAGCAAAUGCAACUGCGAAGCCCUCAAAUAACGCAGGCGAAGAUUUCACCGCCCGUUUGAACAAGGUAACCGAAGAAACGGCUAAUCUCAAGGUUAGCAGUGCUCCCAAGCGAGAGAAUCGAGGCAAGCGGGGUCAAGGCAACCGCCAGGCGGGAACGGGAUCGGGAUCGGGAACAGAAAACCAGGUGAAGCCAUCAGCAGCCCAGUUGCCUUCGCAGAAGCCGGAAAAGGCUCAAAGCAACCAGAAACAUCAGAAUCAGCAUCACAAUCCCCGGCAUCAUUCGCAUGCCAACUACAGUCAAUUGGCGAAUGGCUAUACGUACGAUCCCAGCAAGAUCAUGGGUUUCCAGAGCAAGGAGGCCAACGAGUUUGCCAUGAGCCUCCUCAAGAGUCAGGGUGUCAGGAUGCCCAACCAACAGCAGCUGCAGCAGGAAUUGCCACCGACAUCCUUUGCUCCCGUAUCAGCCCCAGUUCAUGGAAAUCCCCAUGCGCAGCCCGCUCCUGUGCCUGUGCCACAGGCUGCGGCAAGGGAGCAGUUCGGGAUGACGCCAGGCGAUCCUUGGAUGUGGCAGAAGGGCGACUUGUGCAUGGCCAAGUACUGGGACGAUGGAAGGUAUUACGAGGCUGAGAUCACGGGAGUGUCGGAGAAAACCUGUGUCGUAUUCUUCAUGGGCUAUGGAAACCACGAGGAGGUUCUCAAGGCGGACAUCCUGCCCAUCACCGAUGCCCAGAACAGGCCGCUGAGCAAUGUUCACCAGCAGCAACAUCAGCAGCAGCAACACCAGCAGCAGCAGCAGCAUCAACACUCACGCUACCGCGGAGAUCGUCAGCAGCAGGUCUACGUACCGCCCCACAAACGAGAGCAUUAGACAACAGCCUGAUUAAAACGUAUUUAAAUCAAUUGAAAUGUUUCGAAUAAACAACUUUACAGUGAAUUCAAACUAAA